GGAUGCCGUUGAGAAGCGACGUCGGGCGUCCUCGCCCCCGGUGAAGGGAGCCGCCGUGGUCCUGCCGGGUCGAUGUGCCAGGAUGUGCCCGAGCAGUAGCGCGUGGUGCAGGCGGAUCCUCCUGGGGACCGUCCUGUCCUGGGUGGCCGCGGUCCAGGGCUGCCCCAGCAUGUGCGCCUGCAAGUGGAAGAGCGGGAAGGAGUGGGUGGAGUGCGCGAACCGCGACCUGAAGGGGCUCCCGCAGGGCGCCCGGGAGGAGACCCAGGUGCUGGACCUGUCGGGGAACCAGCUGAUCAGCCUGCCGGCCGAGUGCUUCCGCGCCCUGGGCCUGACCAACCUGCAGAAGCUGUACCUGAGUCGGUCGCGCAUCGGCGACGUGGACGGCAGGGCGUUCGUGGGGCUGGUCGGCCUGGUGGAGCUGGACCUCUCGGAGAAUCUGAUCGACGGGGUCCCCUCCGAGACCUUCGCGUCCUACCCCAGCCUCAUGAAGCUGAUGCUCAACGGCAACCCCAUCCGGGAGAUCCGGCGCGAGGCGUUCCGGCCGCUGAUGCAUCUGACGAACUUGGAGCUGCGCCAGUGUCAACUGGAGACGGUGGAGCAGGGGGCCUUCAACGGAUUGCCCUCCCUCGAGUGGCUGAGAAUGGACGGCAAUAAACUAACCCACGUCCCCGACGUGACGCUUCCGCUGGGCGGCAAUCUCCACGGGCUCACCCUGCACAACAAUCCCUGGGCGUGCGACUGCCGCUUGCGAUCGAUGCAGACCUGGCUGAAGGAGACGGCGAAGCCGAUGCCCCAGGAGUCGGAGCCGGUCUGCGCGUCGCCCGCCAGGCUGGCCGGCAGGCAGGUCAAGGCGGUCAAGCUCUCCGACCUGGCCUGCCCGCCCCGGAUCCGGCUCCAGGAGCGGGUCGAGGUCUACGAGGGCGCCAACGUCACCCUCGCGUGCGACGUCCACGCCGUGCCCCCGCCGGAGACGGUCACCUGGUGGUUCAACGGGGAGACGUACGAGACGCAGGCCGGCAACGACACGGCCUCCUCGCUCGCGAGAGUCAGAUACAACUACAAGCAGCGCGGCCCGACGAACGUGACCAGCAUGCUCCACGUGUACAACCUGGUCCCGGCCGACGAGGGCACCUACACCUGCGCCGCGGAGAACGGCGCGGGCGCCUCCGAGGCGAACCUGUCCCUGAGGGUGCUGCUGCAGGAGAGGCCGACGGAGGAGCCGCCGGCCGACCAGCCGGGCACCGGGUACGUGGCCGCCGUCGCGGCCGGCGCCCUCGUCGGCACCCUGCUGGCCCUGGGCUGCGCCCUGGGCGGCCUCCUGCUCUGCACGCGCCGGCGGAGCGACCGCAAGCGGAACGCGAAGCCGCUGGUCUCCCCGGACAAGAGCGCGACCCCCGGGGCCAAGGACCCCACGAGUCUGUCGGGCAAGGGCAACGGCGAGCUCGCCUUCGAGCACCGGCAGCAGCAGGCGGGCUACCGGGACCGGACGGCCGUCCUGGAGCACGGCGGAGGCCUCGCGGAGGCGGUCCAAGGCCCCCCGGGGACCAAGUACCUCACGGAGCCCGACCUGAUCAACGAGGUGCCCGAGGCCGCCGAGAGCUACGGCCUCUACCAGCACCGGCGCGCCGAGUGCCAGCUGCUGGAGUACGACUCGAGGUACACGAUCCACCCGGACCUGCGCCCGGCCCUGGCGCAGAUGAGCUACCUGGACCAGGACGGGUAUCCGCUCAACUUCGGCCUGCCGAAGAUCCCCUUCAACGGGGCCAGCACGCUGCCCCGCCGGCAGCGGACCCUGGAGGGCUCGGCGGCUGCCCCGGCGGCGCGCUACUCCCGGGAGGCCGAGUUCCUCGCCCGGACGAUCCCCUACGAGGCGGUGCUCCCCCGGAGCGACACCAGGUACACCGCCGAGGGCUACCCCUACCCGGCCGGGCCGCCGCGGCAGCUGCAGGUCUCGGCGGCGGUGUCGCCGAUGUCGCCGAUGUCGCCGAUGUCGCCGGAAGCGCCCUUCGUGCCCUCGCCCCCCGCCGCGUACCGCGGCGAGCCGACCCCGCUGUCGCCCCGUUCGCUCCUGGGGAAGACGGCGCGCGAGGCCAGGGCGGACGGGCUUCCCCUGCCGCCCCCGCUGCCGCCGCCCCCCGACCACGCCGAGAGCCCCGACGAGGGCUACGUCGGCGACGCCAUGGACGUAUGAGGACCGCGGACAGCCGCGACUCCGGUGCCGAGGUCGCCGUAGGGUCGGUUAGUAUACGGUCGUAGUCGUUGCGGGUGCUGAAAGUCUUCAAAGUGGAUUCGUCGGGAGGACCGCGGCCGCUAUUUUUUCACAGGGAAAGCGAUCCGCGGCGUCUCCGCGCGCGGCCCGCCGUUCCUUUGGACCUCGCGACGAGAGACUCCAGGGGCGGCUGACGUUUUCAACCGAUUCCAGCGCGCGGGGCCCUUCGAGGAAGACGAACGCGAAGGGGCACCGUGCGCGGACCCGAUUCACAGGGUAUAGAAGCAUCCGUAAAGUUAAGCGUAGAGCUUGGACGAUGCACGUAGCCGUUGUACAUCCGCUAGUCAUGAAGCACCGUGCGCGAAACAGGAUUAAGACCCCUCGCCGUUUUUCCGCCACUCUCCUGACCUCGGUUGGCGUCUCCCUUCGAAGAAGAGCCUUUGGUACCUUUGCAUCCAGUCCGCACCGUUCGAUUACCGCGUCGCGCGCUCUCCCCAGGUUCCUUUACCCCUCGGUUCCCUCUCCAAGGUUGCGUCUAGGAGGAAGGUGCAAAGCACGCGGUCGUUUCGCGUCCUCUUUACGUCCCUAAAACGACGGGGGUCCUUUUUUCGAUAUUCCCGAGGGGAGGAAAUUUUGAUAAAUAAACGUCCCCUUGGGUCGCGACGCCUCGGGUGGACGGGUGCUUUGAAGGUCUUG